AUGAUAAGAACAAUUUUAAGAAAUACAAUUAAUAAUACCGACAAAUUUAGAGGACCGGUAUUAAAAAAUUUUCAUAUAUCUGCCAUAACUAGACUUAAAGAAAUUGUUGUGUCCAAGCCAGAUGAAAAAACUACUGUCAUUGAAGGAAAAUACGUGGAUUCGCCAAGAGUACCUUUUUUAAUAAAACAUGAUUCUAACAGUAAAAAAUGUAUCCUUUGUCAACUUCAAUUAAAUAUUAAACACACCGAUGUUUUAAUAUUAAGUCAAUUUAUCACAUCAGAAGGUGAAAUUAUGCAAAGAAGAGAUAUCGGAAUAUGCAAAGAUCAAUAUAGAUUAAUAAAAAAUUUAAUUUACAUGGCACAACAUUCAGGUUUAUUGCCUGCGCCACCGAGAAUAUCACCCAAGAAGCCUUAUCAUUAUUUAAAAACAUAUUACGAUGAGAAAACGAUUAACAUUAGACCUAAAAAGACAAUAUUUGCUAAUAAGUUACACAAAUUAAAAUUGGGUCCGAUUGAAAAAUUAAGAGUUAGACCUGAAAAAGGUGUCAUAGGAUAUUAA